AGCCCAAUGAGCUCUACGGAAGCCGUGAAGUUCCAAAGCACCGGUUUGCUUCUACGACGUUCCGCUUCCUCCGUCCGCGAGGCUCCUCCCCGGGUUCAGCAGAAAGCCAGACAGAGAGUAGUUGAGAAAAGAGGCAGGGGAAAAGCGUGUGUUUAAAAUAGUAUCCUGUUUCUCUUUUAAAUUAAAGAAGUGAAAGACAUUUCAGAGUUAAACUUUGACUGUAAAACGAGCAAGAAGAAGGAGCAGAGACGGGGCGGAGCGUCAGGAGUUUGUCCCACUCGAGGUUGAUACUUUUUGAGUUGACAACAACCGUAAGCGAGACCCAACACGUCACUUCGUUGCCCGUUCAGCGUUGCUUCCUGUUCACACUCUCUGUUCCCUUCUCAGAGCCGCUCCACAGAUUGUGGCAUGGAUUGAUUUCUAGGUGUACGUGUGUGUAGAUGUGUGACAGCGGAGUGUGUGAGGAUAAGCCCCCCGCCCCCCCUGUCAGGAUGAGCAGCCAAGGAGGAGGAACCAAGGACUCCCAGUCAUCCAAUCACAAGCCACUACCAUCUGUACCAGAGGAGAGGAAGUCCAGGAACAAGAUCAUCUCUAUGUUUGCAUCUGAGAGAGGAGGAAGGAAGAAGGACAAGGACAAGGACAGACCUGAGAUCUCCUCCCCUUCAGACUUUGAACACACCAUCCAUGUUGGUUUUGAUUCUGUCACUGGAGAGUUCACGGGCAUGCCGGAGCAGUGGGCCCGUCUCCUUCAGACCUCCAACAUCAGUAAAUCAGAACAGAAGCAGAACCCUCAGGCUGUCCUGGACAUCCUCAAAUUCUACGACUCCACCAGUGGCAAACAGAAAUACCUCAGUUUUUCUGCCUCGGAUAAAGACUCACAGUCGCAAGGCAAUAAGGGUACAGGGACUUCCAAGUCAGGUGGCAAGGAUGGAGACGACGAUGAUGACGAUGAUACGCCACCUCCUAUUGUUGCACCGCGGCCUGAACACACAAAAUCAAUGUACACAAAAUCAGUGAUAGACCCAAUCCCAGCUCCAGACGGAGACGCCGCCUCUAAGGCCGCUGACAGACAAAAGAAGAAGGGGUGCAAGAUGACCGACGAGGAGAUUAUGGAGAAACUAAGAACUAUUGUUAGCAUCGGAGAUCCAAAGAAGAAAUACACCCGUUAUGAAAAGAUCGGCCAGGGGGCAUCUGGAACAGUUUACACAGCCAUAGAUGUCUCCACAGGACAAGAGGUUGCUAUCAAACAGAUUAACUUGCAGAAGCAGCCAAAGAAGGAGCUGAUUAUUAAUGAGAUCCUGGUCAUGAAGGAGAUGAAGAACCCCAAUAUUGUCAACUUUGUAGACAGUUUCCUCGUAGGAGACGAGCUCUUCGUAGUGAUGGAGUAUCUGGCUGGUGGUUCCCUGACGGAUGUUGUGACCGAGACGUGCAUGGACGAGGCUCAGAUCGCUGCAGUCUGCAGAGAGGUUCUUCAGGCUCUGGAGUUCCUGCAUGCUAACCAGGUCAUCCACAGAGACAUCAAGAGUGACAACGUUUUGCUUGGGAUGGACGGAUCAGUGAAGCUUACCGACUUUGGCUUCUGUGCCCAGAUCACUCCAGAGCAGAGCAAGCGCAGCACGAUGGUGGGGACUCCGUACUGGAUGGCCCCAGAGGUCGUGACCAGGAAAGCUUAUGGACCCAAAGUGGACAUUUGGUCUCUGGGGAUCAUGGCCAUAGAGAUGGUGGAGGGAGAGCCUCCGUAUCUCAACGAGAACCCUCUCAGGGCCUUAUAUUUAAUCGCCACCAACGGGACCCCUGAGCUGCAGAGUCCAGAGAAGCUGUCUCCUGUCUUCAGGAGCUUCCUGUCACGCUGCUUGGAGAUGGACGUGGAGAAACGAGGAUCAGGCAGAGAACUGCUGCAGCACCCAUUCCUGAAGCUUGCCAAACCUCUGUCCAGCCUCACCCCGCUCAUCCUGGCAGCCAAGGAGGCCAUGAGGAGCAACCGCUAAAGCCCACUCUGUAAGAACUGUAAGAGCUAAAGCCAGUGACAACCAAACCAGCCAUACCAGCAAGCAUCUCCUACUCGUCUACAUAACAGGACCAUCAAGAACCUGCAUGGAAUCUGUUCUGUGUAUUUUCCAGAAGCAUCAAAAUCUUUCUCCCCUCUCUCCAGUGUUUCUGUAGCACCAGAUGUGUUGUACUUUGUGCCUUGUUCUCAAGCUGCAAACUGCCAUGAUGUGUUUUCUACUUGUUGCAGCUGAAGCAUGUGUGCCGUUGAUGUUGAUACUUGUUAGUAUGCUUGUCAAAAACUUCAUCUGUUGCAAAUCUACUCUCACAGCCUAUUCACUUUGCUGAGAGCACAGCAGGUGUUGAAUGAGCUUACACAUGAUCUCUGUUGUGAUUAGUUAAAGUGACAUGUCUGCCCAAAGAAAUAAAACAUCAACCAAUAUACAGAAGAACAUGCAACCAAUUUUAUAAAAGAUGAUACAUAAUUAGACUGUUAUUUUAGAUAUUUAAUAAACUGUGAUACAGAUUUCCAGUUCAUGAAGUUACCUUAUUGCGCCAAUUUUACUGCAGUUUUUCUUUGUUUACUGCAGUUGAUGGUUAUCUAAUUUUUUAAAUGUUUUUAAAAAAGCAGGAUCUAAUAUGGCAACUUGGUUUUAAAACUGGACACCAAAGAUCGGAGGGUGUUUCGACAACAGGAAAUAAAUCAAAUAUUCUAAAGUUUUCUUAUCCGGUUGGUAUCCGAUUGGUGCGGAUUGUGGGGAUUCUUGAAUUCUCUUGUAUGGAAAGGCAGUAACCUUAGCAGCUGGUUUCUAUGAUUGUUGAUUCCAUGAACGAACAGCAGACUGUAUGAAACAAGGAUGUGAUCUCAGUGACGUCACCCAUUGGUUAAUGAAGUAGGGUUUUGAAGCCAGUCGAUGGUGGUCGCCAUAUUGAACUUUCGGUCAACAUAGAAACAUAUACAUUGGUGGAGUUUAGGCCUCUUACCAAGCAGUUACAUCAGAACCACCGGUCAGUCGACACGGCCAUGCCCCUAAUCACACAUCUGAGUUAUGAAAACAUUUAUAUCACCCGCACUGUUUGAUCGACUAAAUAAAUGACCUAUUCCUACCAAAACUGUUUUCAACCAGGCUAUAACAUCCCUGUGGAAACAACAAGUAUUUAACAUGGGUGUAAAUGGAGAUUUAUUGGCUUUUGCAGCCAGCCCCAAAUGGACACUCAACGAAGUGCCGUGUUUUUGCACUUCCACAUAGCCAUUUAUUUUAGAACCAGUGGUUGCUGCCUGGAACAAACAUCCUCUGACAGAUACAAGUGUUCUUGUUUGACACUAACUGACUGGAAAUGUAACAUUGAUUGAAGAUUUUCUUUUACUUUGAAUUAUUUCCUGAUAUCAGAUGCCCUCUGGUGGCAGCUUUGGGUUUUGCAAGGCACCAAAAUACACCAUCGUUGAGCUAGCUCAGACUUCAAAAACCUCUCUUAUCAAACUCUCUAUGCAGACAUCAAACUGCAACAUUUCUAUCUCUGUGAUGUGUCUUCUAUGUGUUGUGUUUAUCUUAAGCUGUGCCUUUUGCAUUAGAAGCCUUAAUGUCUGUGUUGGUGCAAGUACAUUACAUAUCAUGUAUGACAAUGUCUGAAUGUGCUAAACUGGAGGAAAACUUUGCAUUGUUUUGUAUAUUUUGUAUUGUUCGUGUCCUGUUUUUAAUAGCUUUUAAAAUGUUGUAUAUCCUUUUUUUUAUAUGUAUAACUAACAGCAGAUGAAAGAUGUUUUUUCACUCGAGUGAACCAUUUUAUUCUCAGUGCAGUUAUGGACUUCAGUUCAUAAGAUGCAAGAAUAAACCUAUAAAACCCAAGCCAUAACUGUCAUACUGGAGCCAGACUUGAGUCCAGAAGUAUUCAGGAAGAGUGAUUCAUUUUGACCCACAGAUGAGAUUAGUUUUUACCUCAUUACCAGAAAUAUAGACAAUCGUUUCAAAUAGUUAGACUCUUUAUUCAACAUGCCUUAUAGUGCCUUAUCUCAGUCAUGAUGCAGUAAGAACCACUGGUGUGGUACUCGACAGGUCUACAUAAAUACAGAGUAUUUCAUAUCCUGUCCUCUGGUUCACCCAGAACAAGCAUUCCAGUUAUAUGUGUACAAGGUUUAAAAGGAAUCUGUUGUUCAUCAUGAAAAUAACAACUUCUGGUGUAAAACACACAAGGUAUGUAAAUUAUUAAUAAAGGUGGACCUGGAACUGG